AAAAGACGCCGUUAUGUCUAAACGAUUGGCUUAUUUCCCAUUUUGGUACGGAUUGGCACGUGACUUGUUUCUACUGCUGUCUGAAACCUCGCACAUUUGUAAAUGCGAGAUUUCAACUCGGACACAAUUGCCGCCCACAGCUCGAAAAUAAUUCAACCUAUCUUCCGUUAAGAUUAAGGUGUUUUGUCGCUUGAAUCGCCUCCAUUGCGCUCCUGACGGCCAAAAAGUCCUACUCACAGCGCGACCAUGGAUGCUCAAACAAAAUCAGCUCACCAAGCGACCUCAGAAAUCUCGCAGGAAGUCACCGAGUAUGCUAAGUUAUUGAAGACGCGCCUGCAAUAUGCACGGUAUAAAGUGGAGCAUGACCUCGUUAAAAAUACUUUUUCGGAAAUUGAAGCUGCUUUAUCCUUUCCUCACCUCGCACCUCAUCAACAUCAAACAGACGAUCUCUCUCCAUCCCACGAAGCAGCUAACACAUUGGCUGCCAUUAGGAAGAGAGUCGACCUACCUCCGACCCCUCACUCUCCGCCAAGAAACGUUAGUCUACCGCUCAAACGGAGAUCAAGUUCAGACGAUUAUGAAUCUGAAGAAGCUGCUCAAACUAUUCUGAUGCUAUCUUCAGGAGGUGGAACUCCAAAGCUCUCAAGCGCCCGUUCACCUGUGAAUGGGACAUUGUCUCCACGUAUGGGUUCAAGUUCACCUACGCUACCAUACUCACUCACGAAAAAACCGACGCAUGAACGACAACCAUCUAAAUUGACUAACAUUGAACCACAGGAUAUUAAGGAUUGGCCAUUCCGCGAACGUUCAUUCGAAAGAGGCUCCCUUUCGCCUCGUUUUAUCUCAAUUCCAUCUCGGCACGUUGAGACGGACCCCGCAGACAACCCCUUCCUUGUAGCUAAAUCAUCAUCACCUAAAAUUGCCGACGCCGAUCGCCUUUCCGACAAGAUUAGCAGACAGCCAACUCCUAAGCAGCAAGGCAUGCUUACCGACUUGUUUCGAGUAACAAAACCAUCCAAUGGCUUGCGAAAUAAGCGGGCUUGAUGCUUUCAUGCCACUUUAAUCACUUACUACUAUAAUCUUUGUCCUUCCUCCCCAUAUUCUGUAAUUAGACCAAUCGUGAUAUAGGCGUCACGAAUGAACACAUAUAUUUAAAAAAUACAACUUCUUUUGAUUUUCUUACGGG